CCAACCAGGCCGCCGCCUGCAUUUCCCCGUUUCUACUGCUUCUCUGCUAAAACCACUGGGCGAUCUACAGAAAAUAGGAUUUCACUACAUUAAUUCAGUUUGGUUUUCUUUGAUAGAUCAAAGAAAUGGUGGUUACAACUACCAUAUCGGACCCCCCCGAGCUUUUGCGCUCCACUUUUGCUUCCAGAUAUGCUCGCGCUUCUCUUCCCAGAUACAAGAUGCAGGAGCAGCCGAUACCGAAGGAAGCGGCGUGCCAGAUAAUAAAAGACGAGUUGAUGCUGGACGGGAACCCGAGGCUGAACCUGGCGUCGUUCGUGACCACGUGGAUGGAGCCGGAGUGUGACCACCUCAUCAUGUCCUCCCUCAACAAGAACUACGUCGACAUGGAUGAGUAUCCUGUCACCACCGAACUCCAGAAUCGUUGCGUUAACAUGAUAGGCCGUCUUUUCCAUGCCCCCGUUGGACAAGAUGAAAAAGCCAUUGGGGUGAGUACAGUAGGGUCAUCAGAAGCAAUAAUGCUGGCAGGUCUUGCAUUUAAAAGAAAGUGGCAGGCGAAGAGGAAAGCAGAAAACAAGCCUUAUGAUAAGCCAAACAUUGUUACUGGAGCUAAUGUGCAGGUUUGCUGGGAGAAGUUUGCUAGGUAUUUUGAGGUUGAGCUGAAGGAGGUGAAAUUGACAGAAGGGUACUAUAUAAUGGAUCCUGUGAAAGCAGUGGAGCUGGUGGAUGAGAACACAAUAUGUGUUGCAGCCAUCCUGGGCUCUACCUUGACUGGAGAGUUUGAGGAUGUAAAGCUCCUUAAUGAACUUAUUGCCAAGAAGAACAAGGAAAUUGGGUGGGACACCCCAAUUCAUGUGGAUGCUGCCAGUGGAGGGUUCAUUGCACCUUUUCUUUACCCUGAUCUACAGUGGGAUUUUCGUUUGCCAUUGGUGAAGAGCAUCAAUGUCAGCGGCCACAAGUAUGGCCUUGUGUAUGCAGGUGUUGGCUGGGUUGUUUGGAGGGGCAAAGAGGAGUUGCCAGAAGACCUUAUUUUUCACAUCAACUAUCUUGGAUCGGAUCAACCCACAUUUACUCUCAACUUCUCUAAAGGAUCAAGUCAGAUAAUUGCCCAAUACUACCAGUUCAUAAGGCUUGGCUUUGAGGGUUACAGGGACAUCAUGGAGAACUGUAUGGAUAAUGCAAAGGUGCUGAAGAAAGGAAUUGAGAAGACAGGACGGUUUGAAAUUGUUUCCAAGGAUAUCGGGGUGCCAUUAGUGGCAUUCUCUCUUAAAGAUAGCAGCAAAUACACUGUAUACAUGGUAUCAGACAGGAUGAGAAGGUUUGGAUGGAUUGUUCCAGCAUACACGAUGCCACCUAAUGCCCAACACAUUGCUGUCCUGCGCGUUGUUAUUCGGGAGGACUUCAGCCACAGCCUGGCAGAGCGACUUGUGGACAAUAUAAAGCAGGUCCUGAAGGAGUUGGACGCAUUGCCACCCCAUGUGUCCACAAAAACCGACCAUGUCACUCCUAGUGUUGAUAAAGCACCCAAAGAGAUGGCCAGUUAUAGGAUUGUUGAUGGCAAGACCUAUGGAGUCUGCUAGGCCUCUAAGCCUCAUUUGCAUGCCUGGUACGGUCACCCAUCAGGAACUUACUUUUAUCCUACGGAAAGAAACUGCUGCGAGAAUGUCUCCUUACCUCGUCUAACAACUCUUCUGUGGGCAUAGCUAUGGGCUUAGCUUACUGUAAAAAGUCUUCUUAAAUUUGUCUUCGUGUAAUCACCAAUGAAAGCUGUGACAAUAAGUUGCUUUAGAUGCCUAUAUAUCAUAAGAAGUAGCCAUGACAUUGUAAACGUGUUAAGUCCUAGAUUUUCUACUUGAGCGCAGUUGUUUAG